AUGGAACCAGGCAAUGAUACACAAAUUUCAGAAUUUCUUCUUCUGGGAUUUUCAGAGGGAACAGAACCGCAACCCCUCAUAUUUGGGUUUUUUCUCUCCAUGUACAUGAUCACUGUGUUUGGAAACCUGCUCAUCAUCCUGGCCGUUGGUUCUGACUCUCACCUCCACACCCCCAUGUACUUCUUCCUUGCCAACCUGUCCUUUGCAGACAUCUGCUUCACCUCCACCACCAUCCCCAAGAUGCCGUGGAACAUCUGGACUCAGAGCCAAGUCAUCACUUAUGCAGGCUGCAUCACACAGAUGUACUUUUUCACACUCUUUGCUGUGUUGGAUAUCUUUCUCCUGAGUGUGAUGGCCUAUGACAGGUUUGUGGCCAUCUGUCAUCCCCUGCACUACACGGUCAUCAUGAACCCCCAGCUCUGUGGAAUGCUGGUUCUGGUGUCCUGGAUCAUGUCUAUCCUGAAUUCCUUGUUACAAAGUUUAAUGAUGUUGCGGUUGUCCUUUUGCACACACUUCCAAAUCCCCCGCUUUUUUUGUGAACUCAAUGAGAUGGUCCAACUUGCCUGUUCCGACACCUUUCUUAAUAAAGUGGUGAUGUAUUUUGCAGCUGUGCUGCUGGGUUGUGGUGCUUUUGUUGGGAUCCUUUACUCUUAUUCUAAGAUUGUUUCCUGCAUACAUGGAAUAUCAUCAGCUCAGGGCAAGUAUAAAGCAUUUUCCACCUGUGCAUCUCACCUUUCAGUUGUCUCCUUAUUUUAUUGUACAAUCCUAGGAGUGUACCUUAGCUCUGCAGCUACCCAGAGCUCCCACUCAAAUGCAGUAGCCUCGGUGAUGUACACGGUGGUCACGCCCAUGCUGAACCCCUUCAUCUACAGCCUGAGGAACAGAGACAUAAAGAGGGCUCUGAAAAGAAUGGUCCUGGGGUUGGAGAAGUGCCCAUGA